AUGUUAUUUUUUUGUUGGUUUGCUUGUUCCCCAACUCUUACACCGUUUUGUGUAGCUGAACUUCAGUCCGCGGCUUCAGCGCUUGGGGAGACCAUUGAACUUCUCCACCGUCCUCCAUGGCUCCACGCAGAUUCAACACUUUCACUAUUUUGUGUUUUUGAGGCCGCAUCGGUGGAUGUUGUCCGUGGCGUAGCCGCUCGCUGCAUGCUGGUGAGAGCAAUUUAUCAACUCAUCGCGGCGGCUGCCACAAUGGAAGGGUUGUUACUCGUCUGUGAGAGUCACUGCCGUAAUGUUUCCAUCACUGCUUUCGAGCACACUUCUGAUCAGUUGAACAUUCACAAGAACUGUGUUCAUGGGGUAUGCGGUGCCGCUGACGCUGCCGAUGGUCGUGCUGGUGGCAGCAAAGUUGCACAUGGUUCGGGUGGAGCCAAAUGCGAUAACAACCCUGCUUCCAAUAUGAGCGGCAACGAUGGUAGUGAUAGCGCCAUUGCCUUCACCGAUAAGACUGUUUUGAGUUGUUAUUCUACACGUGCUGGGUGCAACGGUGUAGGGGAAUGUAGCCGCUGUGUGUAUAAUCGCGACUCGUUGGUAGGGCCCCCGUUACUGAAGCAGUUGUAUCAAGUUAGUCAGGUAUCGAUACCGCAUAAGGUAAAAGAGGGGGAGGAAAUGGGAAGGAGAGGCUCCGAUACCAACAUCAACGCUGCUGACACCAAAGGUCAUGGUGCCGACAAAAGAGAUGCCGUUUCUGUGCGUGUGGAAACGGUGGGACGCCACUACUCUGCUGAGGAGAAGGACGCCCUCGCUAUUCGUUUGGCUGAUGCUAUUGGAAUAUCACUUAGCGCCACUUGUGGCUGUAAGAAACAGAAAAGUGAGAAGGACGAGGAGGUCAGAGAAAGCGGGCUUCCUUGUGAAGACAUUUUUUUGAUUUUGGAGCAUGCGGUGGAAAACGCACCACCGGGAGCUAAGGCCGGGUGGAGUCCGUCGGGUCCCGUCCAGCGGGUUCUCUGUGGCACUUUUGUUGUUGGAUCUUCCCGUCAGGGUCUUCUCACCCGCUACAGCCUUCAGUGCCGGCCUUAUAUUGGGACCACUUCUAUGCCACCUGAGCCUGCUUUUGUAAUGGCUCAUCUUGCGUGCGUUCGCCGUGGUAGUUUUGUAUUCGACCCCUUCGCCGGGACAUGCGGUGUUUUGGUGGCGGCGGCCCACUACGGUGCCGUAACAUUCGCUGGUGAUGUUGACGGUCGGGCAAUGCAGCGGGGAACCCAACGGGGGUUGCGGAGUGCACAACAGCGACAACAGCGGGCUGCAGCAGUGCGAGCUUUAGGGGAGGAGGCUCUUCAACGUGCCGGUGUUCCACUGGAGGAGGCACUUGAGGGUCCCACCGUUAGGACGAAUUUUAAGAUUUACGGUUUGAAUCCACCAGAACGGGUGCGGAUGAAUUUUGCACUAUGGGAAAAGACUCUACGCCUGAGGGGUUGGGGACGUGGCGGCUCUCUUAAAAAUGUUGCCGCGAAUUUCGAGGGUUUUGGGAGCACUGCCAACGGUCCAUGCAUCAGUAAUGUUACGAAUGAUGUUAGCCGUGAUGGCAGCAAUGACGCAAGCAACAACGUCAGUGACGGGUUGGGCAUGGCAGCCGUGAGUGAAGCGCGCUUGUGCGAGGGGUUUCUUGACGCCAUCGUAACGGAUCCUCCGUACGGUAUACGUGAGCCACGUAAAAGUGCAGCACCGAAGCAAACGAAUACUGUGGCGAUGAGUACGGGUGAUAACGAGGGACGAGGGCGUGUGGCGGUGACAUCACAUAAUGAUGAGGGAAAUAAAGGCAGCGGAGGAAAUGCUCACAGGCUGCGUGAAAUUAGUGAGGAUGGUAGUGGGCAGCAAUCGACGGGGAAGGUGUUGAACGAAACGCCAAUCUACUUGAAUACUGAACUCUCCAUGAAAAAUACUUCUAACGCUAGAGACACCUGUGGCGAGCGACGCGAUGAUGAAGGAUGUGAGAAUCAAAUGAAUGAUGAUGCAAGGUCAGCCAAAACCACAGCAGUUGAGACGCCAUCAACCUCCUACGCCGUCAGUGACAUUGUGCUGGAUCUCAUGUUAUUUGCUGCGGAGGCUCUGGUAAUGGGAGGCCGUCUCGUGUUAUGGUAUCCAAGUAGUAGUGUACAUUACUGCAGCGAGGAGCUUCCAUCUCACCCUUCGCUUCAGUUGUUAUACAAUAUCCCGCAGCGCGUUUCCUUAAAAAUUGUACGCCGUUUGCUUGUCUUUGUGAAGACGCAUCCCCCACCUGCUGUCAGGCCGGUUCGGGAAAUGUGCAUGGGCUCAAGUGGAGUCCCUGACUUGAGAGAGUUGAUGGACCAGACGGAACUUCCGGAUAAUGAAGCGUACAUGCAUUACCGAGAGAAGCUUAUGCGAAAACGUGUGGCGUCGCAGCGGUUUCACUCAGCACAGUUGGAUAGGGGAAUAACUGGAGGAAAUAAGUGCGAUGUGCGGAAGGAUGAAAAUAAGGAGGAUGGUGGUGGUGAAAUAUGCUCAUCGGUGCCCGGGGUAUUGGAGGUUGCGGGAGGUGCGUUAGCAUCUCCAUCAUUGGUGCAGUCAUCACCCUCGCUUUAUUUUCCUGAAACCUCAGCAGCGGUUUGCACGAGUGAGACACGGCGGAAUCGCAUGACGAAGCGAGAGCGGCGGGAGCUUAUCGUGUUAAACAGGGAACGAAAGUUGCUGAAACAACAUUUGGAGAAACAACAGCAACAUAAUCGACAUCAGCCAGCACCGCAAAAUGAAAAGGAAUAA